AUGGGGAGGAGCGUUGGGCGGCGGCGAGAGGGAGGCAGUGGGGUGGGGGAGGGGGGGGGGGGGGCGAUUUACACUUGGGUGGUCUUCUUGAGCUCGACGUCGGCGGCGGUGGCGGCGGCGGCGGCGGUGGCGGAGUCGUCGAUGUACUUGCCCCAGAACCAGUGCUUCUUCCAGACCCGGGUCAUCUCUUCGAUGGGGACGUUCUUGGUCUCGGGGAGGAAGAAGUAG